AUGGAUAAAUUUUUGCAACUUGCUUCGGAUAAAGAGAGUCGGAAACAAAGGGGCAACGACCUGAGAGUGACAUCGAUAGACACGUCGAAUUUGACCGGAGAUGUGCUUCAAGUUGUUUUGCAAAUGAAGGAAGACGUGAAAAAACGUUACGGAAGAACCGGUGAGCAACAGUGGUUGCUAGGUUUGCUUUCCGGCGAGUUGUACCAAGUUUCUCCACGAAGUCCAUCUUCAUCAUCGCUUCACCUUCACGCCGUCUCCGGUCUCCGUAAGCCCUUGAGUCCAUCGUCGAUCCUCACUACAGUGUUCGUCGUCGACUCUUUAGUCGUCGACCCUUUCUACCCCUUCACCUAUUCAUCAACAACACAAGAGGUGAUUGUUGAUAAAGCUGAAAAAUCCGAUAUUCCUAACAUAGACAAAAAGAAAUAUCUAUUUCCAACUGAUUUGACCAUUCGUAAAUUUGUGUAUGGUGUUCCAGGUGAUUUGAAUGAAGAUUUCUUCAAGAAUGAAAAUGAUGAUUCUUUCAUGAAUGAUAUUGUAUUCUUAUAG